GUUGACGAUGGAGCUCCUGGAGUGUCCGCUCUGUCUCUUCCUGGUGUGCGAGCCGGUGAGCGUGUCCUGCGGCCACACGUUCUGCCGGAGGUGCGUGGAGGACUACCUCCCGUCCAAAUGCCCCCUCUGCAAGGAGAGGCUGAAACAGAGGGAGGUGAGGGCCACGAAGAACAACGUGCUGCUCAUCAGCGUCGCUGAGAAGUGUCACCCCGAAGAAAGCAGCGUCAGGUGCCACAUCCAGGAGAAGCUCAAAGCCAACGAGUUCCUGGAAGCGCUACGCAUGGCGGACGAGGGGCUGCACCUGGUUCCAGACGAUCGCAGUUUGAAGGGUUGCAGAGCCGAGGCUAACCUGGGCCUGCUGCGCUUCUCUGAUGCUCUGGCGGACCUCGACUACCUCUGCUGCCUUCACCCCACCUGGACAGAGGGCUUCUUUCGUAAAGGGAAGGUGCUGCUGGAAAUGGGUCAGCACAAAGAAGCUCUCAUCCACUUCCACCGGUGCCUAAAACUUCAAGCUGACUUUGUUCCUGCAAAGAGCCAAAUCAAAAAGAUCCUGGAGGUAGAGGGAAUAAUGGUGCCAGAAGAAGUCUCCUGCAUUUUGCAGUUGGUGUCCGAUUACUUGAAAGGGCCCGGUCCCAUCACCACCCUGAGUGGCUGCCAGGUGCCGCCGCACGGCGAAAAUAACCCUCCCCAUGGAGAGAGGAGAGAGGUGCACAAGUUGAAGCACGACUCGGGUACCGAGUGCUGCCUCAGCCUCUGCCAAGCUGUUUCCUUCCUCCCUGCUGCUGAGGAAGAUGAGGACAUGAUGAUGAGGAAGGAGGAGGGACAUAGCAGGGGUGGAAGUAAAGCGCACAGAGAGAAAACCCUGAGCGUGCUCACCGUGUCAGACUUCGAGUGCCCUCUCUGCAUUCGGUUGUUUCAUGAACCAGUCACGACUCCGUGUGGUCACACUUUUUGCAAAAACUGUCUCGAGAGAAGUCUUGACCACAACGUCCGCUGUCCACUCUGCAAACAGCCACUGCAAGAGUACUUAAGAAACAGGAAGUACAACCCCACGGUUGUGAUUCAGGACAUCAUGACGCAACUGUUUCCUUCCCAGCUGGCUGAGAGGAAAGAGAUUCAUGACGCAGAGAUGGCUGAGCUGUCCAAUCUUACCAAGGACAUCCCUAUAUUUGUCUGCACCGUGGCCUUUCCCGGGGUGCCGUGUCCACUGCACAUCUUCGAGCCUCGGUAUCGGCUUAUGAUGCGUCGCUGCAUGGAGACUGGCACCAAGAAGUUUGGCAUGUGCAUCUAUGAGCAGGGCAAAGGGUUUGCCGAUUAUGGCUGCAUGUUGGAGAUCCUUGAUCUGGAGUUGUUGCCAGAUGGACGAUCUUACGUGGAAACAGUGGGUGGCAGCAGAUUCAGAGUCCUCAAGAGAGGUCAGAGAGAUGGCUACCACACCGCUGAUAUCGAGUACUUGGAGGACCUCAAGGUGGAUGGCAGCGAGCUGGAACUUUUACAGCAUCUCCAUGACAGUGUGUACCAGCAGGCUCAGGACUGGUAUCAACGCCUCGGUGGCCGCAUCCGUGAGCAGAUCGACAGACAGCAUGGCAGCAUGCCUGAAAAGGAGGAAGACAUUCAGGCCUCGGCCAAUGGUCCUGCGUGGUGCUGGUGGCUGCUGUCCGUCCUUCAGCUCGACCCUGCCUAUCAGACUACGUUCCUGUCCCUGUCCUCCCUCAAAGACCGCCUGGGACACCUUCGCCUUGUCCUUGAGUACUUCUCUCAGAGCUAGAAGCCAGGGCACGGUGCUAUUGUGGCCACAACUAGCCAUCAAAUAUCACACACAAAGUGAAAUCAGUAAAUCAACGCACAAUAAACUGAGAGUCUGAGAUUUGGUUUCAAAACGUCUAAAUCACAUAAUUUUUUUUAAAUGGCACUUGGCCAAUAACAAGUUUUUUUAUUAUAAAACAGCAGCGUUUG